AGCAUGCGCUGCGGGGAAUGUCUCAAUACUGGGAAAUAUCCUAAUCAACAAAUCAGAGACCCAUUAAACAGGAACAAAGACCUCUGUGAAAGGAUCAUUUACACACAGACCAAUCAGAGCCUUCUCAGAUGAUCACCUGACCUCCCCCUGGGCUACCUGAGGAUUCAAGUGCACAUAGAAUUCUCUCAUUGAAAGUUCUUAUCCAGUAAUGGCAGAGGUCACCAUGGAGACUAACACAGGGGAAGCAGAGGGGAGCAGUGAAGACCUUACAGGGAAGAAGAAGUCCCGGUUUAAGGUUCUGCGGACGCGUCUGUUUGGGAGGAUAAAGAGGAAGGAGAACGAGGGGGCGAUGAAGCAGAGUCAGUCCGCCAGCGACAUCACUGUCCCGAAGGGCGUCAGGGGAGGGGAAGACUCUGGGGAUGAGUUUGUGUACUCCCAAGGCAUGCUGGGAUCUCGAGCAAUGUCACAUGACAGCAUCUUCCUCGCCGACCAACCGCAGAGCCCCCCAGAGCCAGUGCGAAUUCUGUCCCAGGAGAAUGUGCAUGGCAAGAUCAAAGCCCUACAGAUGAAACUGCAGCAACAGAACAUCCGCCUCGGCCCGCCCCCCCUUCUCAUCCCUGGGAAGCGUGCGGAGGACACGGGAGCAAGCUCUGAGGAUGAUGGCUUGCCUCACAGCCCCCCCGAAACAUCCCUCUCCCUGCAGGAGGGCCUCAUGAAGGGGGUGGCCCAAAAGUUCCCAGACACUCACAGGCACCAUAGCUCUUUGAGUUUAGCGGGAACAGGGAGUGAAGAGGAGCAGGGUCCCUCCCAGCCUCCGUCUCGCCCCCUUUCCCCAGUGGCCCGGCCCGUGGCCCCCGGUGCACCUUCACCCGUAUCCUCACCUGGGGUCGACUUUGACAGCCCCGCCCAGUUCACGCCCUGCCUAGACAACUCGGCGGCCCGCCACCGCAUGUCCAUCAAGCCUAGGAACCAGAGGGCCAGCACCAAGGGCCGGAGGCUGCCCUCGAGUGCCAGCCGCCCACGUUCUGAAAGCCUGAAUGCCCUGGACCGCCCCCUCCCGGAGAGGGAUGAAGAAGAGGACCGUGAGGUUCCCAAGGAGACCAUCCGCUGCCGCUCCUACUCAACUCAGGUCUUACGGUCGGGGGAGACUCUGAGGGAUCCUGCGCUGGGAAAGAUGUCGUUAGUUUCAGCCCCAAAGCUUCCAGAGGGGUCCCUCAAGGGGGCCAGGACAGACCUUCCCAGGAGGGAGUCCACUGGCUCACAGCAGCUUUCUCGUGAGUUCCUGGAGCUGGAGGGGCGUGUCACCACUAACCCCCUCUUCCUCCAGCCCAUGCCAGAGGGGUUGGACUCUCCCUGGGCACCGGUCUCUGAUCCUGGAUCAGUAACAGUCCCUCCCUUAUCUGCUACAGCUGAGUCACAGAAACGGGAAGCUGCACAGGAGCCAAUUCCAAUCAAAUGCUCCAGUGUCCACCAAUCACAAGAGGGCAAAGACUUAGUCAGAGACAUCCUCAGCAACUCUGGGCAGAGGAACAUUCUGAACAGCACUUCAGCAUCUGUGGGUCUUGUCCCUAUCUUGGAGAGCGCCCCUGCAAAAGCCCCAUCUCCAAAACCGAGGCAAGCUGAGUUUGUGGCACAACUGUCCUCUGGCAACAGAGAUAUCCUAAAAAGGAGCGUCCAGGGUUUGACCCAAGAGCCACAAGAGCAGCUCCAGUCCAAGCACCAGCCUCCAGCUGCUCCCCAUGUAGGGAAAACUCCGGCUUCGCUGGACAAGUCGUCGAUGUCCCCAAGGAUGUCCUGUCUGAAGAGGGGCACGGCAACAGCGGCAACGGUGGAAGGAGUUGUAAAAGAGGGUUCACGUCCGGAGCCAGUCCAGAGGGUCACAGCGCCACCCACUGGCCAGGAUGACCAGCAGAGGGCAAUGCCUGCAGAGGGCAUUAAUCACAAAAAGCAGAGACCCACUUCUGGGUCGUUCAAGUUCUCCAUUUCUUCAGCUUGGGACCGUCCCAGGGGCGGCAGCUUAAAGGACAAGGAUGAGCAAGCGGGGGCGCGGAGCAUGUAUGGUUUGGGGAACAAGCCCCCCUUGGAGCAUGGGGCACAGGAGCAACCAUUGGGUAGGCAGGAGGAGGUCAAACCAAAAAUGCAGUCUCCCAUUCCCCUGUCAGGAUCAAAGAUGGAGGGAAAUGUGUCCAAAGCCUCAUCUAUCUCCAGAUGGCAGGAGCAGCCAGUAGCCAUGUCAGAAGAAGCCAAACCUAAAGAACUGUCCAGGAAACCACCAUCAUUUCAGGAGAGGACCAAUGCCCAAGUGAGGGAAGACAGGUCCCUUAGGGGCCCGAACAGAGAGGCAGGGGACAAGGAUCCAAAAUCAGGGAGGGUUGCUGUAGAGGCAGGGGGAGGGGUGGAAGAUAGGAAGGAGGCAAAAGAUAGCCAGAGCAGGAGUGGAGAAGACGGGAGGGAGGAGGAGGAGAGGGACGAGAAGGCAGCAUUUGGCGUUAAGCUGCGCUCCACCUCCCUGUCCCUAAAGUAUCGCUCAGAUUCGGCCAAAAUGGAGGUCAAGUCCAAGCCCUGCAGUGUGGUGGUGUCCACCUCCAACCAACCUCAGAAUCCCCAGAGCUCCCCCAUCCCUCAGCUGUCUGCCAAGCACCCUAGCCCCCAGCACCAGCAAGACAGCGCUUCCCGAAGUUUUCAUCCACUUAAAGACGAGGGCGAGGACAGGGGCAACCUGGUGGCCAACCUAAGCUCCAAGCCUCCGCUGCAGAAAAAGUUGAACUCUGACCCACUCAAAUUCCCUGCAGACCCACCUUUGACGUCCUCUUCCUCGCCCAAGUCUGACACAAGGGAAAAAGAGCGAGCUGGGUCCUUUAAACAGGGAGAUACAGGUCUCCCCCCGAAACCAUCUACAACACCCCCUAAGGAGGUGGAGCCCCAGGUGUCUGAGCCCGCCUGGAUGACCAUGGCGCGGGAAAAGACCAGGAGCCUCCAGCAGCUGUUCACUAGCAAGCUGCCCCGGGAGUUCACAGCAACCUCACCUGCACCAAAACCAGUGCCCCAACCGACGCCACAGCCGGGAGCACCGCGGCCAGCUGCAGCCCAACAUCUGCCACGACAACCAGCUCAGCCCUCACCACAGCCAGCAUCCCAACCGAAGCCACAGCAACCGGCUCAGUCCUUACCACAACCAGCAUCCCAACCGAAGCCACAGCAACCGGCUCUGUCGUCACCACAGCCAGCAUCCCAACCGAAGCCACAGCAACCAGCUCAGCCAUCACCACAGCCAGCAUCCCAACCGAAGCCACAGCAACUGGGUCUGUCCUCACCACAACCAGCAUCCCAACCGAAACCACAGCACCCAGCUCAGCCAUCACCACAGCCAGCAUCCCAACCGAAGCCACAGCAACCGGCUCAGCCCUCACCACAACCAGCAUCCCAACCGAAGCCACAGCACCCGGCUCAGCCAUCACCACAACCAGCAUCCCAACAAACGCCCCGGCUGGCAUCUUAUUCCACUCCGCACCUGGGCCAGCUCCCCUUACCAAGACAAACAGCUCAGCCAACACCGCAGCCCUCCCCACAGCUCGCGCCCCACGGCAGGGCCGACGGCACGCCCCUGCCCCAGGGGAGAGCGGACAGGUCCCCCGUACCCCAGGGGAAGGUAGACAGAACGGCCCACGUGGAGAAGAGGACAGACAGCGCACCCCCCUCAGAUAAAAGGGGAGAUAGGACAGACAGGUCCUUCGCGCCUGGAGGCAAGCCUGAGCCUAGACGAGCCCCACACGGGACCAGUGUAUCAGCAGACUCUAUGACUGUACACAGAGGCCCAGCUGACAGCAAGAGCCACAGCACAGACGCAGUUCCCAGUACCACGCCUGUCCAACCUAGAGACAGAGAGGACAGACGGCUGAUAAGGACCGAGACAUCGCCGUCUUCCAUGUCUGGUGGGGGGCAACCAUCUUGGAUGGAACUGGCCAAGAGGAAGUCCCUAGCAUGGAGUGACAAGACCAUGGACUGAGAGAGAAAGAUAGAAAAAAACACAGUGAUGGAAUGGGAAAGAGAGAUGUGGAAGAGAGAGUCCUACAGACACCUCUCGCUCUUACCUCUGUUGUGUGUUACUUAUAUAUUUAAUGAGCAUGUAAUGGUAACAUCAUCCCUCUGGUGUGUGUGUGCCAAAUACAUGAAUUGUUCUUUUGUCCCCUCCUCCAUGAGAAUCCAGGUCCAAUCACAGCCUUGGACUGCUCUGACAUCACUCCCUUGACUCUCCAAUCUCUUGCAACAGAACUACUGUGACAUCACAGACUAGAGCUGCCUGUUUCUAGCAGGAGAGAACUGUUGUGACUUCAACAGUCCGAGACCAUUCUAACUGACAUGAGAGAACUGCUGUGACAUCACAGACUGGGAGUUCCCGCUUGGCCAGGAAAACACUGCUGUGACAUCAGCAGUGACUGAGAGUUGUGUCUUGGUUUGUCUGGCUGCAGGGGCUA